AUGAAGUCCAUCAGCCCCAUCCUCCUCGUUGCCGGCAGCGGCGUCGCGCUUGCCGCUCCUGGACCAUCGCUGUACCAGCGGGGCAUGUCCCUAUUCAAGCGAUGGGACUAUGAUGUCUGCCAAAAGGACUGCACACUUGCUGGUGUAGCAAUUCCCGACAAUAACAACUUCCAGCUCCCGUUGGAGAAGAACUACCCCGAGCAAUGCCCCGAGAUCUACCUCAAGGAGGCCGGUGUUACGUCGAGGGUCUGUCUCGAUUUCGUCGGUCACGAUGUGGUCUUCAACUUCGCGCCCAUCCCGGGCUAUACCUACCUGAACGCAGCGGUUGGCUGGAAAGUAAAGGGCAACAUGAUCAAACCCGAAACAUGGAGCGCGGCUCCUCCGCCGUGUACUGGCGAGAUCUCGUGCACGCCAAAUGCGAGCGGCGACGGUGGUCUGGUUUGCAAGCUGCCCUUCAGCGAUAUCCUGAGUGUUCCUCCCAGGACGAGCACCAGGGACCUGCUGGCCGGAAUUUGCCCCAAUGCCGACAGGGAGGCUCUGGGCUUCUACUUCCAGUUCUCAGGCCAGGUUAGGUGUGACGAGGACAGCAAGAUCUCGUCCCUUCACCAGCAGUACCCGUGCAAAUCGCGUGACUCGAACCGCCAGUGCACUGCCUGGGACACGAGCUACGACUACAUCGAGCCCACUCCCACCACUACCACAACUACCGACAAGCCCACUCCCACCACUACCACAUCUACCACCAAGCCAACUCCCACGGUGUGCGAGUUUGGUACUGCCUUUGGAUACCAGCCGGGCAAGUCCCAAACCCUCGACACACAGCCUGGCCAAGGCUGCAACCGCUGGGGCUGGUACCAAACACCGACCAAGUCGGAGCUGCGAGCCGGAAUAAGUGGACCGCUCUACGUCGGUGCCGGGCGAAACGACAUCUCAAAGGCGACGCAGGUGGGCACCUGGACAGCCACAGCCGACUCGUCUGGAAAGGUCACGGUCACCUACCUCGUGACUCCGCCCUACGCCAUUGAUGAGGUCCAUGUUGACCUGAGCUGCCUGCCCAUCGACAAGUGCGCGCCUGGUUCGUACACGUUCGGCAAUGACAACGUUGGCCAUGCCACCAAAUACUCGACGCCGGCACUGGUGUACCCGAGCUGCCCUAAGGGUUACGGCCCGGCACUCAUCAUCCACGCCGCCAUCGUCCAGUCCUCCGAGACGUCCACCUGCCCUGAGCCGGUGAAGCACUGA